GGCUAUAUAAUGGACGGCAGCCGUCAGGGCUCAUUCGCGUCGAGUGUGGGUUCGUGCCAGCGCAACCCUUGUUUCGUGUUUACCCCACAACCAUCCUCCUCCCCCUCCCACACCUUCAUCCGUCAUUAUUAUCAAUCGCCGUGGCUGUUGAUAAUAUCGCCACCGCAGUUUGCGUAUCGUUCAACGGGGGGGUGCAGCUUGUCGCAGCUGCCAUGCACGACGCGUCGGACGACGAGGAGGCCGAGAGCGCGGAGAACGCGGCGGAGGCGGGGGAGCUGUGCGGGCAGCUGAGCAAGUGGACCAACUACCUGCUGGGCUGGCAGGGCCGAUGGGUGGCGGUGCGCGGAGGGACGCUCACGUACUGCCGCUCGGCCGACGAGAGCGAGUUUGGAUGCCGCGGGGCCAUAUGUCUGGCCAAGGCCCUCAUCACGCCCCACGAGUUUGACGAGUGCCGCUUUGACAUCUCGGUCAACGACAGCGUGUGGUAUUUCCGUGCGGAAGACCCUCAGCACCGGCAAAUGUGGGUGGAGGCUCUGGAACAUCACAAGCUGCAGACAGAAUCGGGGUAUGGAUCCGAGUCCAGCCUACGGCGUCACGGCUCCAUGCUGUCACUCACUUCCGGGGCGAGUGGUUUCUCAACUACAUCCACCUCCUCCUUCAAGAAGGGGCUGGGGCUGCGGGAGAAACUUGCGGAAAUGGAGACCUUCCGGGACAUCCUCUGCCGGCAAGUGGACACGCUCCAGAAGUACUUUGACGUCUGCGCGGAUGCGGUGUCAAAGGACGAGCUGAGCCGAGACAGAGGUCUGGACGAGGACGAUGACGGCUUCCCAACGCCCCGGCCCUGCGAGGAUCACUUCUUCUCGAGCAACACCAAGGACAAACUCCUGCAGCUCUUCAUGCCCAAGGACAUAAGCUGGAUCGACUUCAAGGGAGAAGCAAUUACUUUCAAGGCCACGACAGCCGGGAUCCUGGCCACGCUGUCGCACUGCAUCGAUCUGAUGGCCAAGCGCGAGGAGAGCUGGCAGAAGCGGCUGGAACGGGAACAAGAAAAGAGGAAAAAGGUGGAGGAGGCCUACAAGAACGCCUUGGAGGAGCUCAAGAAGAAGUCGUACAUUGGGGGCCCAGACUACGAGGAAGGGCCCAACAGCCUUAUGAACGAAGAGGAGUUCUUCGAUGCCGUGGAGGCUGCACUCGACCGGCACGAGAAGAUGGAAGAGCAGCAGCUGGAGCGAAUGCGGGGAGUCUCGCUGUGUCCUGACCUGGUGCCCGACACGCUCAGCAUCCGCGUGCACCGCUUCUCCCAGCAGGUGGAGGAGUCCAUCAAGAACCACAUGCAAUACUCGCUGCAGGACGUCGGCGGCGAUGCCAACUGGCAACUCCUCGUGGAGGAGGGCGACAUGAAGGUUUACCGACGGGAGCUGGAGGAGAACGGGAUUGUGCUGGACCCGCUGAAGGCCACGCACGCCGUGCGGGGCGUUACGGGCCGCGAAAUCUGCCACUACUUCUGGAAAGUGGACCACCGCACUGAAUGGGAGAGCACGGUGGAGAUGGUGCGUCUGGUGGAAACUCUGUCGGAGAACGAAGUCAUCGUUUACCAGACGCACAAGACGGUGUGGCCGGCCUCUCAGCGCGACAUCCUGUACGUGUCGAGUUGGAAGAAGGUCCGAGCCACCAGUGAGAAUGACCCGGACACGUGGGUGGUGUGCAAUUUCUCAGUGGACCAUGCUGAUGUGCCGGUUACGAAUCGCUACGUGCGAGCCAAGAUAAACGUGGCACUCAUCUGCCAAACAUUGGUGAGCCCCCCGGACGGCAACCAGAACAUCCAGCGGGACAACUUGCUGUGCCGGAUCACGUAUGUGGCAAACGUGAAUCCUGGCGGGUGGGCGCCGGCCUCGGUUCUCCGCGCGGUCGCCAAGAGGGAGUACCCCAAGUUCCUCAAGCGCUUCACGCAGUACGUCAAGGAGCGUACGGCCAACAAGCCGAUCCUCUUCUGAAGCGGCGCUCGCCGGGCCCUCGACCGGCGCUUCUCCGUCGGGCACCCGCAGCGUCGCGUAGCCGCCGCCGCCGCCGACGACGCCACUCGCGGUGCCGUCUUCUCACUUCGGUGUGGUGUCCCCCGUGGCGCGCGGCCACGUGGUCCCCCAUACUUGCAUCUGCUCGGCCUAAACACAUGGCCUCAACCGAGCUGGUCACCCAGACAGGGAUCAUCCAGAACCUUUCGGGCAGUGCCAACAGAUGUGCGCACAGCAUUGCUAACUUGCACCGCUUUUUAAACAACGAAAAACUUUUAAGAGUCAUUUUGGAGAUAGAGCAACUGGGAAUAAGGUUCACGGUAUUUUUUUUUUAUAUAUACGAGUUGUUUACAUCCGAACAUGCGCUUGUUUUUCUGCAUUGGUUGUAAAAGGCGCCCAACCUUUCCGCGGCUGGGCUGUCGGCCCGAGUGAAGACCACUGCCUUAAUUUCAACGCGCGUAUCUGGCAUUCUUCGUAGCAUGUGCAGGGAGAGUGGGGGGGGCGAGGGGUGGCCUUUGUUUGUCACCGCGUCCCUUCCGUAUGACCUCUGCACGUGACCACCCUCGAUGUGAUUAUUCAUAGUUUCUUCCUGUUUCGUGGUGUUAAGUGUGAAUUUUGACAUUCUUCUGCGCUCCCUGCACCGAAUGAGGCGACAGUGCUGGCCCCUUGCUAUUAUUUCCAUAAGCUGCUGAGUUGAUAUGAAGGUUUAUCUGGGUAGUUUGCCUUUAUUAACAAUGACAACUACGUUCACGUGGAGAUACAGUACAGCAUUGUACUGCGCCAAGAAAGUGAUAUUUAAUCCUUUCGUAAGUGCAUCUUUUUUACGUUAAAAGCAGACAUGUGUUUUCAGCACAUGAACAAACGUAGCAAUCACUUUUGCAGAGCACAAGACAUACCUCUUAUGUCUGGUUGGACAACAAUAAUUAUGAACACUGUCCUUGUGGACUACAAGGGUCCAUGCCCUCACUGUUUAAAAAUUUGUGUUCAUUUCCACUUUUGCCACUUUGUGAAGAUCCGGCCCAAAUUCCACAACCUUCAUGUGGCCUCCAAUCAUCUUGUACAGACUCUUAAUGCUAUAGCCAAAUGUUCUCCAUCCGAUUGUUUGUGUCUUAUUUAUGUACUUGUUUUGUUGCAAAUAUCCCUGUCCAGUACAUGUGUAUAAACCGUGUGGCAUGUUUUUAUUCCUGAUAGUAAUUUAAGCUUUGAGCAUAAAGUUCAAAACGCUUAUUUCUGAUUUAAUGGUCCCAAUGUUGUGAUACUCUUUAUACAGAUCUGUAAACAUCAUCACAUCCACGGGCAGAUAGCCCGUAGAUGCCCACUGCAUAUUUCGUCAUUGUUUCCACUUUCCUCUGUCUUGUGCCAAUAUGCUCAAGUAGUGCCACAUCUUUCUGGCACCAAUCUCCUAUGUUGCUGUCAAGCCAUUCUCUGUUAGGUCUUUCUCUCUUUCAGAUUCCUUCCAUUUUCCCCCCUAACACACUUUUCAUUUUCCCUGUUGCUGUCAAUCCUACAUACGUGUCCAUCUCAUCCGUAAACAAUUCGUAGCAAAAUGGUCCCAAUUUUUGUGUUGGACUCUUUAUAUGAAUCCGCAAACAGAGCUGUAGCUCGGGAGGGUGGGGUGGUGGUGGUGGUGGGGAGCUGGUUUGCUCCAACACCGCGAGUGCUGUCUUUGCUGCAGCCCGGAGUGGUUUCGUGCUCCAAUGAAGACCCGACGAUCUGUUUCCCCGAGGCGUUCCGUGCGCAAGGCGCGCGAGACUGGGGGUUGUGACGACCUGGCGCACAUUUGGGCGCCGAGUGAGCGCUCGUGCUCGGAAAGUAAUCGGUUGCCGUCAAAGCGCUGCUGCCACGGGAGUGGAAACAUCGCCCAUUUACGGCAGCACCCUCCGCCAUCCGUUACACAACCGGGAGGAGGUGGUUCGGAAAUCUGAGUGCCGAGCUGGCAUCGCCGAGAUGCUGGGUUUGAAUGUGCGUUUCAGCCACCUGUGAUUUCACUUGCUGCAUCCCCAAGGCUGGUGAGUGAAGGGUCCGCGCCAAUGAUGAAUUUUUCAAAGUUCCCACUCUGCGAAUUAAACAGUUUGUCACGUGACAAAGGUCACACUGCAGCAGUGGGGUGAAUCGAGAGUGCUGCCCCCCGAGUGUGGAUGAGGUCACUUGAAUGGAUCUCAAAAGUAGAUCUGAUAUCUGCUUCUCGGGACUAUUCCCUAAGCUGGAGAGUUGCACAGCUCUGCGAUGGGUUCUGAAUGAAAUAUUUAAUCUCGUGAAAUUGUGGAAAACUACAACAACAAAACAUUUUGGCCACGAUAUGUUUUUAACGGAUUUCCGUGACCCCUGCAGGCACCCAGAUGUGCUACAUUCACCACAGCGUUAAACAGUAAUAUAUUCUUGAAUCGUGGUCCCAAAUCGUGACAUUGUGAAAUAACUAGCGGGGUGAAUUGGUGCAUGCCUCAUUGAAAGUUAUUGGGCUCGGAGAGCCAACAAGCCGGAUGACGCGAGACCUACCACAGUGGAAUCGAGACACGAAAAUGCAACAUUGAGGCACAGGGGUGUCUGGGACUGAUGCAAGUCGAAGCUCUGCAGAGCGCUUCUCGUUGCGAUUGACAAAUCACAGGCACCCGAAACGCCAAUUUGCAAACCCUCCCGUUGUGGCCGAGCAGCGCAGUGCCGCCCUGUUUGAGCCCCUGGCGUGAAGUCGCAGUGACUGCACGGAAGCCGUCGGCUUCACAAGUCCGGUGUCCUCGGGUCUGAAGGAACGGGUCAGAAUUUGCUGAUCCCAAAGAGUUUACUGCAGCGUGGGAUUUUAGCUUUGGAAAUGCAGGGCAAAUGCAAUGAUGGAGAUUGAUUGAAAGUCUGUCGAUUGUAGUUUGUGUGUGUGUGUAUAGUUGUGAUUGUAAAUGAUGACGAAUUAACAUCUGGUGGGUUAACUGGAUAAUCGUACUUUGUGUGCGCGCGUGUGACUAAAUGACACAUCAAUGUAUGGCGAUUCGUUGGUUAAACACGCCAGAUGAUUUCAAUGAUUAAUUAUCAAAAUGCCCAUGCUUACAUUUCUUUUCACAUGUACGUUUUGAGUCGAUGGCAAGUUGCAUAGAAUUUUCGGAUCAUAAUGCAGGCCUGAUUUGUUAAUUGUGCCGCAUGUUAAUUAUUGUGACAACUUAGGACAUGUUUUAUUUAAUUAAAAAAGUGUUAUUCUCCCUUUGCACAGGCCUGCGAUGUACCGUAUGCCAAGUGAAAGUUACUGUUGGAAGGUCUUAAAUUACCACGUACUUACGAACUUUCAACUGAACUCAAUCGGAAUGGUCAGUGCUGUUUAAUUUAGCUAGUGUGUUUUAAUUUUCCUCUUUUAGUAAAGAAAAAUGGUGUUUGUUUUAUAAUGUGACUUGUUAUAAUCAUUACUGGGUUUCCAAUUUGCAUUGUUGGUCAAGUACGAUAAUUUAUUUAUACGAGUAAAAGUUGAAAUGAACUUUAAUUGAUGAACAGUAAUUCUACCCCCUAAAAAUUAUUAUCUAAUUAAAACCAAGGCAAUUCCACCACCUUUAUCAUUUGAUACAUAUUUUGAGAAUGUGGCGAAUGACAAGAACAAACGUCUUUUCCUAAUAAACGGAAUUGUUUUCCCCUACCUGCAAUUGGAAGCCCUGUGUGUGCGCGCGUGUGUGAAAUGUGAGCCGGUGUAUUUGUGUGUAUAUCAAUUCACGAAGAGAAUGUUGUGCUUUGUAUUGAUGCCUUCGUGUUGGCAUUGGUCGAAAUUGAUCCGGUGGUCAGAGAACGCCGAAACGUUUUUUUUUAAGUACUGAAGGUCAUCAAUUAUUGUUUGAUGUUAUUUUUCCUCCCAUGUACAGCGGGCCAUCGUUUCCAUGUUCCUGUUGAGGUGGAUUUACGUGAAAAUGUUGUAUUGAAAUAAAUAUAUUCAAACGCCAUGUA